AUGUCGGCAGUCAAGCCCGUCAACCCGAGACCAUUUCUGCAGGACCUGACUGGAAAGACGGUGACGGUCAAGCUCAAGUGGGGCCUGGAGUACCGCGGCUUCCUCGUCUCAACAGACGGAUACUUCAACCUGCAGCUUACCGGAGCUGAGGAGAUGGAGAACGGAAAGUCUAAUGGACAGCUCGGCGAGGUGUUCAUCCGUUGCAACAACGUCCUGUACAUUCGUAUGGCUAUGCCACGAUAUCCCAUCAUUGCCAUGACAGGUGUGCUCGUUGCCACUGAGGGUCGACAGCGAGACUUUCUGCCGCUAACGAAGGCGCCGCUCAUCAGGGCUGGAGUGACCGAGGACCCGUUUCAUCAAAUCACAGAGAGAAUUAAAGUGGAUAAGUAA